AUGGAGGAGGCUGGCGACAACGACGACGCAUCUGAGGCACCUGAUGACAGCGGAUACAUUGAGGAGGCUGGCGACAACGACGACGCAUCUGAGGAACCUGAGGCACCUGAUGAGACAGGUUUAGCCGAGGACAAAGACGAAGCGGAUGUCAUUGCCAGUGAUGCAGCUGAAUGUGAAAAAGAUUCUGAUGACGUCGCGGAGUUGGUUGAGGAUUCUGACGAUACAUGCGAAUCUGUCGAAGAAACAGAUGACAAGUGUGGGACUGACGACAGAGCUGGAGAUGUCUGUGAAGCUGAGCUCAUUGACGAUGCCUUUGAGGAAAUUGACGAUAAAGGAUAA